UCAUCCUUCAACAGAAAACAAAGCAAAGAAUCUACGCUUCCCAUGGAGACCGGUGGAAAGAUCAAGAAAGGUGCCGGAGGAAGAAAGGGAGGUGGACCUAAGAAGAAACCAGUUUCAAGGUCCGUCAAAGCCGGUCUCCAAUUCCCCGUUGGAAGGGUUGGCCGUUACUUGAAGAAAGGAAGAUACUCGCAGCGCAUCGGAACUGGUGCUCCCGUUUACUUGGCCGCUGUUCUAGAAUAUCUCGCCGCUGAGGUGCUCGAGUUGGCUGGAAAUGCAGCGCGUGAUAACAAGAAGAAUAGGAUUAUUCCGAGGCACGUUCUUCUUGCUGUGAGGAACGACGAAGAGCUUGGGAAAUUGCUGGCUGGUGUGACCAUUUCUCAUGGUGGUGUUCUUCCUAACAUUAACCCUGUUUUGUUGCCUAAGAAGACUGAGAAAGCUGCCAAGGAGCCCAAGUCUCCUUCUAAGGAUACCAAAUCUCCCAAGAAGGCUUAAUUGAUUUUUUUUUUUAUAUAUAAAAUUUUAGUUUGUUCCUCUUAAUUUAGUGUGUAUAUCUGCGUUUAGGUUUUUUCUGUAACAGCAAAUUUG